ACGUCACGGCUUUCUAGCAUGUUCUGACGGCGACCGGAUAAAGACUCGGGGAGAGGGGUUGCGGGACGUUUUGGCAAAGAGGAGUCUCUUUGGCUGGGAUUUGUAACCUGUGGCCUUGGGCUGUUUGUUGAUUCGCAUUCUUAAACCCCCGCCCACAUCACCACACUUUCAUUCUUAUUUUGCCACAUUCCCCCAAAAUCUGACUUGAAAUACCAUCUGCUGGUCUUUCUGUAGCUGCGAUAUUGGAGUCCUCGCCGCCGCCGGUUUAAUUCAUUUGUCUCGUUUGCCACCUUCCCCAGCCGCCCUGACCUGUCACUAUGGCCAAGUGGGGACAGGGAGACCCGCGAUGGAUCGUGGAGGAGCGGGCCGAUGCCACUAAUGUCAAUAACUGGCAUUGGACUGAAAGAGAUGCCUCGAAUUGGUCCGUAGAUAAGCUUAAGUCACUGUUGCUGGCAGUCAAUGUAGAAGAUGAAGAGGGAGUGUGCAAAGUGACAGAGGUGACCAAGACUGAUGGUGAAGCUUCAAUUAACAACAGAAAAGGAAAAUUGAUUUUCUUCUUUGAGUGGAACAUCCAGAUGUCAUGGAUAGGAACUUCGAAAACUGGAAUUAAAUAUAAAGGAACUGUGGAGAUACCAAACCUCUCGGAUGAAAAUGAUAUUGAUGAUGUAGAUGUUACUGUUGGGCUGGCAAAAGAUGAGCCUGAUACAAAAUUAUUGGCCCUAAUGAAAAACAAAGGUGUAAAAAAGAUCAGGGAAGCUCUUGGCAACUACAUUGAUACGCUGAAACUGGAAUUUACUCAGGGAAUGAUCUUGCCAACAGUUAAUGGAGUUCAAAAGGAACCAUCAAAAUCGAAGCCCAAAGUUGAUCUUCAGACAAAGGUUGCUGUAGGGCACUUACCCAGUCAGCAUACAUCAGUUGGGGUCAAGAUUCCAACCUGUAAAUUUAACUUAAAGGACUAUUUCAUGACAUCACCAGAGGAAUUAUACAGAAUCUUCAUUACACAAGAGCUUAUUCAGGCUUUCACACAUGCACCAGCAGUUGUUGAGGCUACUAAAGGAGGGAAGUUUCGACUUCUAGAGGGGAAUGUCAGUGGGGAAUUCUUGGAACUGGUUUCUGAGCAACGGAUUGUUAUGAAAUGGAGGUACAAGUCAUGGCCAACUGAACAUUAUGCAACUAUAAAACUAAGCUUCUGCAGCAAGGAUGAUGGAACAGAACUUCAAGUGGAGUGCAAAGGUGUCCCAGUGGGAGAGGAAGAACAGACAAAAUCAGGGUGGCAGCGUUACUAUUUUGAAGGCAUUAAGCAGACUUUUGGAUACAAUGUACGACUGUUUUAAAAGGAUGAUCUAUCUGGAAACUCCUAGCUAACUUAUGAAAACCGAAAAGCUUUAGACCUUUGUUCAUUUCACUGUUCUGUUCAUUCUGUUAGUUCAGCUAACCUGCAGCUAUGACAGUGGAUACUUUCAAAAGAAUUGUCUUUUUUUUUAAUUCCAGCAGCCAAAAAUCUCCAUUAAGUUAAGUACAGCCUUACAGUGGGAAACAAUGAGAACAUUGACUGUGUCAAUUGCAAAAUUAAGACCUAUGAGAAUUUUCCACUAUAUUGUGGAGGUGUAUAAAAGUCUAGUUCUCAUCACCAGUAUGACUUUCAAUAGCAACUGCAAUAUACUUACAAUUUUUGGGUCUUUGUGGAUUGAGCAUAUGAAGAGCAAAUGAAAGAAGAUUGGAGAAAUUUCUUGCCUUCCCUUAAGUUUACUUCUUCUUUCUCUUCUUCCCCCACCUCCCCCAACUACCACUGACUCACCUAGAAACCCAUAAAUCUCUCAUUUCCUUUUACUCCAUGUGCAGUAUUUGUGAACAUCUGCGGUAUUUGCCUACUCCCAAAAUCUGAAAAGGACACCUUAACUUUUUGCAGCUGUUCUGGAAAAGUAAAUUUCAGACCAACCAUCUGUUUGCAUCUGAUGCUUAUUCACUGAUUAUAAACUCAGUGUAGCAAUGUGACAGUGAUGGGAUCAAAUAAAAGCUAGGAGUGGAAGAAAAACUUUACUGAUGGUUUGUUUUUUUCAAAUGUAAUUAUUAUGAGGAUGUGGGUUAGGUGCAGUAUAGUAUGUUGUAAUGUAACUGCUGUCACACUGGCUAACUGGUUUUCUGUUUGGUUUCAGUUAUGAAUUCAUUGUAGUGGACCACUCUCAAACCAAAUCAUAUGAAAGUCAGUCAAAGCUACUACUUGCAAAACUGCAAAUCUUUUGUUAUAUUAUCCCAUAAUAGGCAAUACUGCAUCUUUCAAAGGAGCUGCAAGGGAGUAAAUGUUUUCCAAUUUCCUAAUGUAGCACUUUUUUCCCUCAAAAAUCAGUUGGAAUGAGAUUUUUAUAAUGACAGCACAUACAAUAAGUAGCCUUGAUAUUGGCACUGGAAAUUUCUAGAGCAGAGCAUUGUGCAUGAUUAAUUUUUUAAACUUUGCCUUUCAAGUUCAUUUUCAAUGCUGUUUUCUGGAAGUGUGAGCUAAUAAUGAUAGGCUGAAGAAAAUGCAGCACUUGAAAACCAGUAUCUCCAAACUGGUGCGGUUCAAGGUUCUGAGAAAGAAAUAGAAACCACUUUAUUCUGAAAAAGGAAAUUAGUGAAAGGUGAGUUUGAAUUGAAUCAAAAGCAGGUAAGAAGAUUUGGGUUAGUGGGUGGGGCAUGUGAGUGGCUAAAUAAAAAUAGACGAGGGAAAUCUAGGGGAAAGAAUUUGUAUUUUAAAAUCAACUAGUAAUAUCCUGAUGGAGUUUGAUUUCACUGUUAAAUUGUCCCCUAUCUGUACUGGAUGGAGUAGUUGAUUGUUGAAAUUGAAGGAACAUAACCUUGCUGACAUUUACUGAUGCUGUUAAGUGCUAGCCCACACUUCCUGUGAAAAGUUUAUUUGGCAGUGAUUGCACAAAUUUGGAUCUGUGUUGAGACAAGAACUAGGUGCCAUAAAUAAGGUGGCUAACAUUAAAUUCAGUAGGAAAUUGGAAAUAGGAAAUAAACCUGUGGAAUUUGAGACGUGUGGCAUCAAUUCAUUUUAGGGAAAUCUAGGUAAAUGUUAGAAAGGAAUAGAAAAUCUGGCAAUACUCAGCAGGUCUGACAGCACAUGUGGAAAGAAAACAAAGUUUAAAAAUCAACUGGGGGAAGAAAAGUUGGACAUGUAGUAGUUUCAAUCAAGUAGAGGACGAAGUGGUGGUGGUGAGCUAGAGGAACAAAAUGCCUGUGAUAAGGUUGCGGGGGGGUGGGGUGGUGGGGGAUGGUGUUUGGGAGAGAUUAAGUGGCAGCAGGGAUGAUGGUGCAAAGUGAUUGAACACUUGCCAGUUUUCUGGACUCGACAUUUGAGUUCAGCAAUUUUAGAUGAUCAUCUGCAUGUUUUAUUUUUGACAGCAACUCUUGGUAAUAAUACUACCUGUUCCCAUUUACACUUACCUUUUGAAUCAGAUUUCUACGGGCAGGGUGGGGGGGGGAGUAAUUCCCCUCCUUUUUUUAUUUUGUCUUGCCAAAAUUAUUCUUUUUGUCAUUUCAUCUUGCCUGUCCUCCACUUGAUUUCCCCACCCUGGCUGAGUUCAGCAACUAUUUCAAAAAGAGGUUGCAGGUGAGCUGCCAUUUUAUUCCAGCUGACAGCAGACAGGUACAAAUUGUCCAGGAGUUGGUGGCAACUCGUGACAAACAGGGUAUUUCCUGCUGAGUUGUUGACUACAUUGUGUGCCUUUCAACUCUCUCUAUUGUCAGUGAAAAAGGUUAAAUUCAUUGCAAAUGAUUAGAUUGGAUCAGACUAAAAGAUUUAAUUUGGGUGACAUGUGAAUUGUGCUUUUUGUGGAACUAAAGUUCUAAGCCUGAUCUCUUGCAGUUGGCAGAUAUUUGGUUAACAUGCUGAAUUGUAUGAACAAUAGGUGUAGGUUGGUUGUCCAUUCCCCAUGUACAUAUGACACUGUCACAAGUUACUUUAUUAAAUACAAUUUCUACUUAAA